AUGGCCGACCCGCGGAGACCGACGCAGGCCCUGGGCGCGCUGCUGCUGGCGCUGCUGGCGGCCGCGCAUGCGCACGCGCUGCCCGCCGACGUGUACGACCAGCGCCAGAGCGGCCGCGUCAACGUGCACGUGCGCGUCGCGGACGCCGCACUUGUCGCCAUGCUGCCCCACGGCACACUCUCGGAGCUGAUGGACGAGAUGUACGACGAGUACGAGGACCCGGAGGACCCCGUGGCGAGCGACGACGACCCGCCGGCCGACUCCCCGCCGGAGGCGGAGACGACGACGACGACGUCGACGACGACGACGAUUCUUCAAAACUCAGCUGCGACGCCUGCCAUCGGCAACGCCACGUGCUCGGAGGCUCCCGCCAGCACCACCACCACCGCCGCCGCCGUCCCAUCCGCCAGCACCACGACCCCCGCAAGCACCGCCAGCUCCAGCACACCGGCGAAGCGCAGACGGCGCUGCAGGGACGGCUUCUAUCGCAACCAGGCGGGCCGUUGCGUCCGCCUGCAGUUCGCGCAAACUAGCUGGAGCCCAGGAAGGCAGUAGUUGUGACAUGAAGCAGACGCGAUGGACGUUACCACUAUAAGAAAACGGGUAUAAACUGAGAGUGCUGCCUCUUACCUUCUCUUAACCGGUGCCAGAAGAAGUCUCCCAGGCGCAGACUACGCUACUCCAUCGCCGCAGUCCGCAGAUGCGACAGCCACAAACGCGCUACAGCUCGGCGGUCUCCUGUUGACGCCGUGCCUGUGGCAGCAGUCUGCAGUUGUGUCGCAUUUUCAGACUGCCACAGUCGCGCAGUGGUCGUGCCAAAACUACAGUACAGACGACCGCUGACCGACUGGUACACAUAUGUGUUUGUAUCAACAGUAACACUUAAGUGAAAGUCUCAUACCAUUCAUGUAAGCUACACUAUCUUCAAUAUUGUACUACACAUUACACUGAACAUGUAUACAUUUUCUCUUGAUACUUGUUUAUUCGUUCACACAGUAGCCAACUGAAAGUAUUCAAAAUUGUGCGUAGGGCUCCUUUGGUGCAGAAAUGCCAGUUGAUGUAUAACGUACUCCGGCGAAUUUGUA